AUGAUGCAACUUUCGUCCAAACAAAUCGGAUUGCGGAGCCUUGUACGGUUAUUCAGAAGCAACGUACAGAUUGGCCAAGCAACAUGGGAUGGACACACGCCCACCGAGGGGGCCGAAAGGAGGAAGCUCCCACUAGGAAUGAACCUGGAAAACAUUGGAAAAAACAAACUGCUUUACUUAAUGAAGAAUAUACAACUGGUGAAUCUAACCGAGAAGGAAAUCCUGAACACAGUAUCAACUCUGCUAAGGAAUUACACAAACGAAAUGACCACAAGCGAGAUGGGUUUUAUCGUACACACGUUUUGUAAGCUAAAGUUUGCUAAAUAUUCUUUGUGUGCAAAAAUUGUAAAGUCAGUUCUGAGUAGGAAACCCGUAUUCAGUGACAUGAGGACGUUGACGCAGCUACUUAUAGACCUACACAAAAUGGGUUCCCUCGACUUUAACGUCUUAACAUUCUUCACACAACAUUAUGUUAGAGGUUCUCUCCGUAUGUUUUCUCUUUUCGAUCUGGCCAUGAUUUUGUAUGUUUAUAACAAGCAUAGUUACAACGAUGGGCAGACGGUUCGCGAAAUUUGCGGCGUCAUCGAGGAGUUCUUCAUGCCGAUAGUGAGUCAGGAUAAAGGCGUCCUGACCACCAUCCUGCUCAGCCUCGCCAUGCUACAGCUGAACCGGGACCUCUACAUGAACCUGCUCCACCUGCAUGUCCAUAAAAAAUACCACCAGUUUGAAGCCAAGUAUCUGUGUAAUAUUGUUUAUUCCGUGGCUCUGUGGCUGGUUGGAGAUUGCGAGAAGGUAGAUUUGUUAAAAGGGAAAUCCAGCCACCUGCUACGUGACCCAUCGACUGAUGUACUGGAGGAGGUACUGCAAGACGUCACAGCGCUCCUACUGCAGAAUGUGAACGUGUUGAAGAACGAAGAGCUGAAGCAGGUCCACAUAGUGUUGUACCUCCUGAGGGAACUCGGGGGGGACUACGAACAAGCCAUAAACGCGAUUGAAAAAAAAAAAAUAAAAAACACAUUAACAGAGUCCAAGAUGCAGAAGCAGCUGGAGAAGCUGCUGAAAGAAAUGGGUCUCAAAGCGGACCGUGAAUUCCCCAUGGGUCCCUACGUGCUGGACUUCGCUUUGCAGAAGAAGCGGACCUGCAUCGAAGUCAAUGGGUUCACGCACUACUACACCUUCGGCGGGGAACUGAACGCGAAAAGCAGGUUGAAGUACUACAUCCUUCGUAGGCUUAACUGGAAGGUCCUCACGGUGGAGUACACAAGCUGGAAGAACAAGUCCAAGGAGGAUAAGAUGAAGUAUCUGGAGGAGAACGUCCUGAGCAGGAUAGGCUGA